AUGAAAGAAAAAAGGGUUGAAUAUUUAGCUAUUGAAGGAUAUAUAGAAAUUCAAGCAAGUACAUAUAGGGAUAAAAAAGAGUUGUUUUUUAUGACGGAUGAAUUAAAAGAAUUUGAAUCAUAUAAUAUUAAAGUUAAAGAAUAUAAUAAUUUAUAUGUUAGAGCCUAUGAAUUUAUAGAUGAGAUGUAUUAGUGAUGUGUAUUUCAUAAUUUAUAUUUACUAUAUAUCUAUUAAGGGGAUUAUUAUAUAUUAUUCAUUUUGUAUUCAAUUUU